AUGUGCUACUACAACAACUACUAUGGCAGCCUGGGCUGUGGCUAUGCUGGUCUGGGCUAUGGCUAUGGUGGCCUGGGCUAUGGCUGCGGCUAUGGCUGGGGCAGAUACAGAUAUGGCUGUUGUCGCCCAUCUUAUUGGUCAUAUGGAUUCUACUGA